AUGUCUGAAGAUUCGUUCACGUUGUUUCAGAGCUACUUCUCGCUGAUGGCGGUGCUGAUGGGGCGCGCCCUGCACGAGGAACGAGAGUACCUGCAGGGCAACGCCUCCGCGCCGCAGACGUCCAGCGUCCUCGAGCCAGACACCAUCUCCCACGAGUCACUGGCGCUGUCGGCGGUGUGGCUGUGCUGCGCCUCCAGUGGUAUCCUCACCUCGCUGCUGCUCAUCUUCGGCAUCUACCGGGUGGAAGUGGAACCCAUCAAGGCCGUACUAUUUACCUUCGACUUCUUCCUCAUCAGCCUUAAUCUGUACGCGUUGCUGUGCGUGGUGUCGCAAUACCAGGAGUAUCGCGCGGGACGAGGCACAGCAGCGCACCAGCGGAAUUCUCCCAAGGUGAGUUCGGGACAGGACGGUGGCACUUCUUCACGGUGUGGAUGUCAACUUAUCUAUCAUGUAUUGCGUGACGCAGGCAGUGGCAGCGACGGCAGCAGCGGCGGCUGCCGUACGCCGCCCGACCGACGGCGACAUCGCUGCUCAACUCGCGGCGCCCGAUGGCGCCAGGGCCCCGCCACGCCCCGCCCCGGGCUCGACCCGCCUGCCCUUGCCGUCCGCCCCGCGGCCCGCGCCGCCCCGCCAUCGCCGCCGCCCGCCGCCGCGCGCCCGCCGCCCACGCGCCGCGCAAGC